AGUCAAGAGAGAGAAAUGGCAACUCUGAUCGCAGUGACAGAAGAUGAACAACGGCAACCCCUUCUCCUCCAUAGUACUUCACCUAAUAAUGGACAAGAACAAGAGACCACACCUUCCUCAUCAUCCAACGACGUAGAGGCGAUGCCAUCGCCGCCGCUGCGUAAUCAACGGCUUAUAUCUCUUGACGUCUUCCGCGGACUCACAGUCGAGCUCAUGAUUUUAGUUGAUGAUGCCGGAGGAGCUUUGCCUUCUAUUAAUCACUCCCCAUGGUUUGGCGUGACACUAGCAGAUUUCGUGAUGCCAUUUUUCCUCUUUGGUGUCGGUGUUUCUAUCGGUUUGGUAUUUAAGAAAAUAUCUAGCAAACCAUUGGCAACAAAGAAAGCCAUAUUGAGGACAAUGAAACUAUUUCUUCUGGGUUUGUUGUUGCAAGGUGGGUAUUUCCAUGGGCGUAACCAUUUAACAUAUGGGGUUGAUGUGGGCAAGAUACGUUGGCUGGGUGUACUACAGAGGAUAUCGAUUGGAUAUCUUUUCGCUUCAAUGUCAGAGAUCUGGCUUGUGGACCAUAUCAUGGUGGACUCACCUCUGGAUUUUGUGAAGAAAUACUAUGUUCAGUGGAUGUUUUCUUUGUUACUCUGUUCAUUGUAUUUGUGCUUGUUAUAUGGCCUUUAUAUUCCAAAUUGGGAAUUUGAAGCUCCAAGAAUGAAUCUGUUUGGUUAUGGAUCUGGUACUCAAAUUGUGAUUUGUGGACUGAGGGGAAGUCUUGAACCUCCUUGUAAUGCAGUUGGCCUGGUUGAUAGAUUCUUUCUUGGUGAACAUCAUCUAUAUCAGCGGCCAGUGUACAGAAGAACAAAGCAAUGUAGUGUUAACUCUCCUGACUAUGGACCUUUGCCACCAAAUUCACCUGCUUGGUGCCUUGCUCCAUUUGAUCCUGAGGGCAUCUUAAGUUCCUUGAUGGCUGCUGUCACAUGUUUUUUGGGGUUGCAUUUUGGGCAUAUACUUGUUCAUUUUAAGGACCACAAGCAGAGGGUGUUUUUGUGGUCGAUAUCUUCUUUUUCUUUGCUGAUCACUGGAUAUGUUUUGAAACUGCUUGGUAAUUGCAUGCAUUCCCUUUUCUAAACCACUUUAUACAUUGAGCUAUAUGUGCAUCACAGCAGGAGCAUCAGGCUUGCUUUUAACCAUUAUUUUUUAUGUAGUAAGUUUAUUGUUCUACUCUUAGCUUUAUAUAUAUGUGUGCCAAAACACGUAUAUGUUUUCGUUUGCACGUAAGGUUAUAUAUGGAGGUCAUCUUUCCACUUGCUAGAUUCCUAGUUUAUAAACAAAUACAACUUGAUACUAAAUUGGCUGAUAAUAUUCAUUUGUUGUGAGCUGUUUGAAGAGGGACAAUGAUCAUAUUGGUCGAAACCACUUAACUUGGGCCAUUUUAUAAUUUAAUAGGUUAAACGUAGUAGAGGCAGUUCAUUCUGAUUCACAGACUAAAUCAGCUCAAGCUUUAGCUGAGCUCAUUUACCAAUAUUUGGAUCAAAUUCAUGCAAAUUCAUUUCCUAGUGAUCAGUGAAGGAAUUUCAAUAUUUUUUAACUUUAAUCUUUUUAGAUAUGUUUAAUGAUUUACUAUAUAAAAAAUAGGUUGGCUUGAGUUUUCUGGUUGUAACUUGCUAGAACUAUUUUUCCACUUUAAUUUUUAUGGGAGUUGCUAAAUUUGAUUUCUGGAGGAGAGCAGAGGAACUGUCAUGGGCUCAUGGCUUUCUAGGUAGAGGUCAAUGUAAAUUUUUUGGUGUGAAAACUUUCUGCAAUCGUGCUUAGGAGAUGCUACUGUAAUGCUAAAUAGUCAUUUUAGUGGUUAUGAAUAUUAGAGAUUUUUUCUACUUUGCCUUGGAGGAGAUGUUUUAUGAGGUUGCGUAAUGAGUUAUCACUCCAGUUUUGGUGCUAGUUUAAUAAUAGAACAAAUUCUACCUUACAAAUUAGAGUAUUUACAAAACAAUAAGAAACAAGAUGCCAAGUGGUUAAGUGGGUUUGAUGAUUGACAUGAUUGAUAAGUCAACUAUGCCCGAUUCUUUACGUGCUGAAAACCCAGAAGUGAUUAAUCAUCUACUCUCUCUGGCUCUCCCCUUCAUGUGUUGUGUGGAUUUCUGAAAGGUAGACAAUGGACCUAAGGAAGGGAAGGACAGAAGGUUAAAGCAUAAAUAAUCCUCACUAAGAAUGAGAGUUGGAAAAUUUGGGCUGGGUAGUUAAAACAGCAACUUGAUAGCAUUUUGAUUAUCCGGUUGAAUGUUUUUCUGUUUAUGAAAAAAUGAUCCUAAUUAGGUUGCCUAUUAUCCUUUCCUACUGAAUUGUUUUGAAAGAAUAGGGGACUGAAAUUGUGGAUGCCUAGGGUAGACAGGUUGUCUUUCAUCCCAACCGUAUGUGUUGCAGGUUGAUGUCAAGCAUUUCAAAAAGCCCAUGGUGAUAUUUCAGUGGAUGGGGAUGAACGCGCUCAUUAUUUAUGCUUUGGCUGCCUGUGAACUUUUCCCAGCAGCCCUUCAAGGUUUUUAUUGGCAUUCACCUGAAAACA